CAAAAACCAACGAUGUCGAGAACAACCAGUAAUGUCCCGGAGUUCGGCUUAGGCUCUUUCGAUCGCAUCGACAUAGACGGAACCAAUGCCGGCGCCACGAUGUUCGUCCGCCGCGGCAUGUCCGACAAGUCCGAAGGCUGUUGCUGCAUCAACAUUUAUACCAACAGCAACGUUCAAGGCGCUAACGGUUCAGUUUUGAUUGGGAGUAACAUUAAGAUGAAGAAUCCCGGGGUGCAUCUCUAUUUCGGAGACCUUAAAUUCGGCGAUCGAUCUCUGAUUUCGGGAUCAUCUACUGGAGGACCAGCCGGUUCCGCAUUAGAUUAUGGUAGCAUCUUCUUGUUUGUAUUUGUUCCGGUUAUUUUAACUAUGUUGCUCUCUUUUAUGAUAUCACGGUGA